AUGUCAAAAACCAUCAACACGUCCUUUCAGGGCCAUGACGAGCGAUUCAGUGCAAUUGUUGGCCCAUCACCAUCACUAGAGCUACUAGCAGAGAACCAUGACUACCCUUUCGCCCACGAGGCCGGGGUCUACAACCCUAUUACAAACGACCUCUUCACCACCAGCAACCGAUGCACUGGCCUGAAUGGACAGCAAAAAGUACACAUCACCCGUGUUGAUCUGAGUCAAAAUCCAGUAGUUACCCGCGAGGAAAUCCCCACCAAAAUCCCCAUGGCCAACGGAGGCAUUAACUAUGGCAAGCACCACGUGCUCUUCUGUGCACAGGGGUCUAUGACUGAACCAAGCGGAUUGUACCGCAUGUCCACCGUCACUCCGUAUCAAUCGGAACUGUUGAAACAGGACUUCCUUGGCCGGCUGUUUAAUUCUGUCAAUGACGUGGUUGUGCAUACAGAUGGCUCGGUCUGGUUCACAGAUCCCAUUUACGGCUCUGAGCAGGGAUAUCGGCCAAAGCCGUGUCUGCCGAAUCAGGUAUACCGGUGGUGUCCGGAUAAUGGGAGUAUUAGGGCUAUGGCAGAUGGAUUUGGGAGACCGAAUGGUAUCUGCUUCUCGCCGGAUGAGAAGGUUGUCUAUAUCACGGAUACUGACCGGGUUCAUGGUGAUGGGACGAUUGAUGAUCAGCGAGCAUCUUCAAUUUACGCCUUUGAUGUAGCUAUGUAUCACGGAGAGCCGUUUCUCACAAACCGUCGGGUCUUUGCUAUGGCAGACCAGGGGGUCCCAGACGGGAUCAAAUGCGACCUCAAUGGGAAUGUCUAUAGUGGCUGUGGGGAUGGGAUAAAUAUCUGGUCCCCGGGGGGCGUUCUUUUGGGUCGGAUCUUAAUUGGCGGUGGUGUUGCGAACUUUUGUUUUGGGAGAAAUGGGGAAAUUUUUGCCCUCAAUGAGCACCGAUUGUGGAGAGUCCAACUUGGAGUGGGAGUAAAGGGAGCAUUGCUUGGAAUAUAG